AGAUAAGACAGUCGCGCAGCAGUCACCAUCGCUCCUAGCAUCACUGUUCCGGGUCAUCAUGUCAAAACUGAUCAAGAGUUCGUGUAAAGUCCAGAUGAGGCCACUUGGCCUAGACCAUGGCUCGAUCAAGACUGCUGCUGAGAUCAUUAGCCUUUCUUUCGCCUCAGAUCCCUUGAUCCGUUGGCUCUCUCGUGAUCGCUCUGGUCCAGGCUGGGAGACUCUGACGCCUACCCUGCAGCAAUGGCAAGAGGCACGUCUACGCGAUUAUGCGGUCCGUGGAAUCGCUAUGGAAGCGGUUACAAUGGAUGGCGCUCAUAAAAGCCUUGGCUCUUGUUUUCUGUUUCCUCCUGGGCCAUUGUAUCGGUGGCUGAAUCCAGUGUGGUGGCCGCAAUAUCUGAGAGUGCUAUUGGAUGAGUGGUGGGUUCAGCCAAUCGAACCGUUCUGUUCAGAAAAGAGAAUCGGAAUCAUGAUGGAGUCUCAUCCCGAUUUCGAGGAGAGAAUCAAGAAGAAGUACCCACCGAAUUCUCUUUACUACCUCGAGAUCGCUGCGGUCAGACCUGAUUCACAAGGGAUGGGAGUUGGGAGAGCUAUCAUGCAAUGGGUGGUGCAGGAGCUAGGAGCCUCUCCAUGCUAUAUUGAGUGUACAGACCAGAAGAAUGUCGCGAUCUACCUCAAGUAUGGAUUUGAGCUUGUUGAAGAGGCGGAGUUGGGGGACGAGGAGGACGCAAUGCCACCAACGACUUUAUCUUACUCGAUUAGAGAUACAUCGACACUCAACAAUUAG